AUGGAAGCAUUAGUGAGUGCAGUGGAAGAAAGUAACAAAUCAAGCAUUCCCCACGGGUUAGAAUCGGCAUUAUAUAACAGAGGGGAGAGGAAUGUCAUUCCAUUCUCACCUGAUUUGGAAGCUCGUAUAGACAAAAUGAUUGAGCGUUUGAGUGGCACUGUAGAAAAGUUAGAGCUGAAGGACAUUGGUUUAACAGCUGUGAUGGAGAUGUACGAAUACAAACUAGCUACCAUGGUACACGCUGAAGAAACGCUUCAAAACGCUCUAGCUGCAGCAGAUUCACGGUACAGACAAACUCACUUGGCUCAUUUGCAGGCGCAGGCUCAGACUGAUCAGUUACGGAAACUGUUGAACGCCUGGGAAGAACGAAUUUAACAGUUCAGCAUGAAAAAGCAGAAGUUGAGGAGAGUAUUGUGAAAAUCCAGAAGUCUUAUCAGCAGGUCCGGGAAACUAUGAUAACUGAAAAGACAAAUUUAGAAAGGGAAAAUAAGGAACUGUGUAGUGAAAUGAAAGAACAAAAAGCAGCUAUUGAAGCUAGAGAUGAAAAUAUCCGACGGCUUCAGCGUCAAAUGCAGGAGUCUCAUGUUGAGAUAAAAAAUCUUCAUCAGGUCAUUAAGAGGAGCAAGAUAAAAUUCAAAAAUUGCACACACAAAAUAGAAAAUUAGAAGAUGAUGUGAAAAAGAGUGGUAAAGAUUAUGACAGCUUGGAGAAGGAAUGUAACCGAUUGGAGAAAUGUCUUGCAGAAGUGAA